CGUUCGCCCAAGAUUGCACAAAAACGUAAAUAUACAGAAAUGGGUGCCGAUUAUUAUAAAAUACUUGGAGUAGAUAAGAACGCCAGCGAAGAUGAUAUUAAGAAGGCUUAUAAGAAAGCCGCUCUUAAAUACCACCCAGAUAGAAACAAAGGAUCAGAAGAUGCUGCAGAAAAGUUCAAGCAAGCUUCAGAAGCUGCAGAAGUCCUCUGUGAUGGCAACAAGAGAACGAUUUAUGACCAAUAUGGUGAAGAAGGUCUCAAAGGCGGUGGUGGUGGCGGACCAUCACCAGGUGCAUCAUUCAGCGGCUUCGGAGAUGCUGGAGGUGCAUUCCCAGGUGGUUCAUUCUCCUUCUCGAGCGGUGGUAGACCUGGAUUCGGCGGUGGUGGAUUCCAAGCAAGCGACCCAAUGGAUAUCUUCGAAAUGCUGUUCGGACAGAAAGGAGGUAUGGGCGGUGGAUUCAGUUCGCCUAUGGAUGAUGACUUUGGUGGAUUCUCUUCAUUUGGUGGCAUGCCCGGUGGUAUGCCUGGUAUGGGUGGUAUGGGCGGUGGUACACGCUCCACACGCUCAAAAGCUCCACCAAAAGAUGAAGGACCAUCCGAAUGGACGAAAAACGUCGCUAUUUCUCUCGAAGAUCUCUACUCAGGUGUACAGAAGAAAAUGAAAAUUCAUCGUAAAUACCUCAGCGGUAGAACAGAAGAGAAGGUCCUCGAAUUCACCGUAAAACCAGGCUGGAAAGCGGGUACGAAAUUGCGCUUCAAUCAAUCAGGUAACGAAGUCAGCCAAGGUAAAUUCCAAGAUAUCGUCUUUAUAAUUGAAGAGAAACCACAUGCAUCAUUUAAACGUGACGGUGAUAAUUUGGAAGUACAUCAUAAGAUAAGCUUAAAAGAAGCACUAUGCGGUAUUCCAUCACCUUCAAUCAAAGUAAGACAUUUGGAUGGUCGCUUGAUAGAUGUUACACCACCUUCAGGGGUAAUACAACCAGGCUCUAAGCUUACGAAGUAUGGAGAAGGUAUGCCAAUCAGUAAAAAGGAUUCAGUCAAAAAGAAGGGUGAUCUGAAGAUCAUAUGGGAUGUUGAACUUCCACAAUCCCUCAACCAGCAACAAAAAGACACUUUAAAGAGCGUACUUGCAUGAUUAUGAAAUUUGUAAUUUAACUAAAUAAUACAUCUACUUAA